AUUUUUUUCCCACAAUUCCUUUAGAAAGUCUCUUUCGUGGUUGGUGUCCACAAUGGGUAUUUCACGAGAUCACUGGCAUAAACGUAGGAAGACUGGUGGGAAGCAAACUCAGAGCAGAAAGAAGAGGAAGUUUGAAUUGGGAAGACCUGCUGCUAACACUAAGAUUGGACCCAAGAGAAUCCACACUGUGAGAACAAGAGGAGGAAAUAAAAAGUACAGAGCUCUUAGACUUGAUCAUGGCAACUUUUCUUGGGCAUCAGAAAACUGCACUAGGAAGACUAGGAUUAUUGAUACUGUCUAUAAUGCCAGCAACAACGAGUUAGUACGUACCAAAACCCUAGUGAAAAAUGGCAUUGUUCUAAUUGAUGCCACACCCUUCCGACAUUGGUAUGAAGCCCAUUAUGCUGUUCCCCUUGGUAGAAAAAAGGGAGCAAAACUGACUGAGGCAGAAGAGGCUGUGCUUAAUAAAAAAAGAAGCAAAAAAACAGAGAAGAAAUACAAGGAAAGACAGAAGCAUGCCAAAGUUGAACAAGCAGUAGAGGAACAGUUUAUGACAGGCCGAGUGCUUGCUUGUAUUUCUUCUCGACCUGGCCAGUGUGGUAGAUCAGACGGUUACAUUCUAGAAGGAAAAGAACUGGAGUUCUAUGUAAGGAAAAUCAAGGCAAAGAAGGGCAAAUAGAUAUUUGCAUAAAUGUUGAAAAAAAGCCCUUGUAUUUACAACUGAUUUAAUAAAACAUUUCAGAGAAAUA